CAGUAAUAAAAGAAACAUUGAAAAAAUAUUAAAUUGAAAAAAUCUGUGUGAUCAGGAAAAACUAGUGACAAAAGAUUUUGGGAACGCGUUUUGCUGCUACAGAGCCAGAAAUUUGCCAAUUUUAGGCGGGUUAUGGAUGGUUUUGGGACCGGGAUUGCGGCCUCAAAUGAAUCGCGAUAUUUAACAGCCAAAAAGGAAGACUUUGCCUACAAGGACACUUCCAUUGUCGACAAUUUAGUAAACAAGGACAUUGAUUCGAUGUCGGAUUGUGCAGCGGGUGUAGACGAUUUACGGCAAGUGCAUUUAGAUGCACUACCAGAUGAGAUAUUGGAGUUUAUACUUACAUAUUUACCACCUUAUAAAGAUUUGAAAUGCUGCAGUUUAGUCUGUAAACGUUGGAAUUCUGUGGUGAAAAAUCUAAUUCGUCGGUCCAAAAUAAACCUUCAUAAAGGGCUGCUAGACUACCGAUUACGAUGGGAAGUUUUUUCGCAGCAAACGGCCGCGAAAGUAGCUACGCGUAAAAAUACAUCAAAUAAUCUUACUGCACCUCUAACUACACCGCCCAUAAUCGCUGGCCGUUUCUCGCAUUCUGCUGUUAGACAUGGAAAUUCGAUGUAUGUUUUUGGUGGUGGCUCAUCCUCGGAUACCACAUUUAAUGAUUUGUGGCGUUUCGACUUGUCUGAAAUGAUUUGGGAACGUCCGUUAUCAAUGGGUUCGUAUCCAUCUCCAAAGGGAAGCGCCUCUAUUGUAUGCUGGGGUGAACAAUUGGUAUUAUUCGGAGGAUGGCGUUAUCCAUCCUUGCAUCCACCCUACCAGCCUUGGUGCCUGUUUGACGAACUCCAUUUCUACGAUUUGAAUAGCAAUCGUUGGACAUUAAGGAUCACUUUGCCAAGCCCCCCUCCUAUGGCUGGUCACUCGGCUAGCGUGCAUGGCGAUCGAAUGGUUAUUUUUGGUGGAUACCAAAUUGCAGACGGCGUGAAUAGUAAUUCUAAUGAAACAUGGUGCUUGGAUCUGAACGAAUUAAAAUGGUGGCAGCCACGUUUUAUGGGUAACACGAAGCCUCCUCCACGCUAUGGCCAAUUUCAGUUGCUUUUGGAUGAGUGUCACCUGUUGAUUGUUGGAGGUUGUGGUGGGCCAAACAGUGUAUAUUCGGACGCCUGGCUAUUGGACAUGUCGCAAGAGGCUUGGCUGUGGCGUGCCAUACCGAUACGCAACAAAAAAUUCGGUGCAACGCACAUGUGGUGUAAUCCUGCCUGCAAGAUUGGUUCAAAAUUGGUAGUGCUAGGACCUACUCCUAAUAUGCCGCAGAAUUUUCAAAUGAUGAAGCAAAUGCGAGGUAAUGUUGGUGGAUUUAGACUACCGGGUGGUGGGCAGAUAGGUAGGGGAGGAGGUGCCGUUGAGAUGCCAGCACCUCGUUAUGGUGCUGUGCAACAGCAGAAUAAUCGAAACAAUCCUUUCGAUCGACAUCGACUUUUGGGUGGUGAUUUGCAAAUUGGUGCAGUUGCGCUAAAUCAGCCUCCUCUUGCCCAGGGACUGCACCCACAACAAAGACUAGAUAAUGCACGAUUACGUGGACCAGAUGAGCAAUAUUUCGCCAAUCGUCGCGCAAUACUACAGCAAAAUCAACAUCAGGCUAAUAAUAUUUUUAAUAAUAAUAAUAGCAAUAAUAAUAAUAUUCAACCGCGUCGUGGUCGGCUUGGUGACUUACAUGUCAAUAUAUCGGCUUCAAAUGUGGUGCCUAUCGAAGAGCGUAAUCAAAACCGUCCAUCAUGUUCGAAUUCCGUAGUAGCAUCCCCUUCUUCAGUUCCUACGUCAACACCGUCAUCAUCAUUAAGUGCAUCCGUAUCCUGUAUGAAUGGGAUUUCUUCCCCACGAAAUGAUAACGAGUCGAAUUCGGCUAGAGAUGUAGGGGUCCCAGUUUCUGUCAGUGGAAACAACUCUAAUGACAUAGAAGCGGCAAAUCGUUUGCAACGAAACUUGGCAUUGCGUUGUAGGGAUAACGAACCUUUGUUGCCAAAACGUUUUGAUGAAUUGUUCGAAGAUCCUUUUAGGAUGGCAGCAUUUAACGUACAAACCAAACCUCGCAGCGUUUCAAAGGAUCACAAUGAGCGUAUACGUCGUAUGGAAGAAAAGAUGAAUGCUUUGAGAAACUCGCGGCGUAGCGCAAUGAUUGGUGAACCUAAAGCAAUAAAAGAGCCCUCUCCAAAACGAAUCAAGAGAAACGUUCUUUCCUUAUUCGUAUGUGAUCUCUCAGCGGCAAUGGAUAAAGAAGAUCCUCAUUUACAGUGGGUGGAAUAUAAAAAUUACGGUGUUAUACCCGGAGCCCCUGAAAGGUUAAUAUUAUCAACAAUGGUUGCUGGGCACGGUGAAUUGAUACUGUUUGGAGGUGUGCAUAAAGAGACUUUGGGAGAGAUUACACAUCAGGUUUCGAACUCGGUUCAUUUCCUAAGCGCACCGCGCGAAAUAAUUUAAGCUAUCUUAAAGAAUAAAAGACAUAAAACAUAAUUGUGCUGGUAACUGCUGUUCGAUUCUUGUUUAAAAGGUCUAAGUGAUAUAACUGAUAAUUUUCUUAACCAUUUUAAGAAUAUCUAACUGUAAUAGAAUUAAGAGCGUUUCACUAAGGAAUAUUUGAAAUGUGUAAUAUUUAAAGAAUAUACAAAUAUGCUGCCAGGAAACCGCAAACUCAAACCAAUAUCUCAUUGCAUGAUAUAAGGCAAUGUAUGUAAAUAGUGGCACAUUUGACAAUUGUUUCGUCCACCAAAGUAAUUAAUAAAAAUUAUACAGUGAAUUUAAAAAUAAUAACAAUAAAGAUCUAAUCGAUUC